CUUAGCAGCUUUCGUGUCGCAUACUUGAACCUGCUAAUAUUACCUAUAAUUUAUACCUAACCUAGGUACCUACCCUCGCAUCCUUCCAUAUUGGCGGCAACUCUCGACUUUAGUUUUUCCUAGGAACUUAUUACUUAUUGCAACAAUGGCUGGCCGAUCAGCUUAAAUGACUGACACGAGGCUAAAUUCACGGUGUACACGGAAUAUACGAAGCCACGAAGUCGUCUGCUAGCAUGCUACAAGGCCUGGCGCCGUAACUUCUAACCAACAGCCACCCCUCCAGUCCCUUUUCCACCGAAUGUAUAGCUACAACCGCUACAACCAUGUCCAACCGGUACGGCGCGUCAUACCGCAAAGGCAACGACAACGGCAACGGUUCCGCUUCCGCUUCCGCUGCGAGGCAAGACGAAGAAUAUGAUCCCUUUGGCGAUGGCUAUACGAGCGAUCGUUAUGGCACUCCUCCUCAGCAAUUAAAUCCCCGAAGAACACCGCUUGAAUCCAGCCGGAGCCCUGGUUAUAGCACCUCGGGUUCCAGACUGCACCGUACUAACGAAUCAAACGCCGAGCGGCAGAUAGGCCAGGUCCUCGAGCUCAUAAAGUCCGAAUGGCCUGCAAUGGUCCAGGAUGACUGCAUACCUGUCUCGCUAGCACUUCAGUUACUGGAUAAUAGUUCCGUCGGUCGAGCACACGAAUAUAGAAGUUUCAAGAAGACGCACCAGUACUUACAGGACUCCCUCAAGAAUAUUGUACAUGAACACCACCAAGGAUUCAAUAGUUCUAUUGGUACCUUUCAUAAGAUCCAGGGAAGCAUACAAACCUCACAAAAACGUGUGCGCGCCCUGAAAGAAUCCCUGGCAGCGUCUAGAACGAGUCUCUGCGCGACAGACCCAGAACUCAAAAAGCUAUAUAAAACGUCACAGAUGUAUGACGAUGUCUUACAGACAUUAAACGAACUGGAGGACCUGCGCACAAUACCGGACCAGUUGGAAGCUAGAAUAUCCGAGAAGCGUUUCUUAACAGCUGUCGAGGUCCUACAAAACGCGCUUCGAAAGCUGCGGAAGCCGGAGCUUGACGAUAUUGGAGCUUUAAGUGACCUAAGAAGCUACCUCGCUAACCAAGAAACCGCUCUGAUGGAUAUCUUAGUCGAGGAGCUACAUGAGCACUUGUAUCUGAAGUCGCCCUACUGCCAGGAACGAUGGCAGAAUCUAGCCAAGAACCAGGGCGCUUCCAAUGCGAACUAUACCGACCCAGGCAUUCUUACUCCGUUUCAUCUGAUCCUAGAUUCGAUGGAUCUUGGAAGCCCAGUCACCGAAGACCCUGCGAAGAAUCCCGAAGCAGAUACCUUUUAUUAUAUCAGUCUUGUCGUCGAGUCACUCAAUAAGCUUGGCCGGUUGGAAAGUGUGGUUGACACCCUGAAACAACGGCUCCCUGUUGAGUUAUUUACCAUCGUGAACGAGACAAUCAAUGAAGUAGACCAGAGGCACCCCAGCUCCCUAAGGGGUGGCUCAGGUAACGCAAAGGGUCUACACAUAUAUGGUAGCCGGGAGACUCGAAUGCGUGCCGAUGUCAUAUAUGACUUAUUAUGGACAUUGUACGGUAAAUUUGAGGCUAUUGCCGAGGGACAUAGAGUUUUCCACGAAGCUAUCAAGGCGCUCAUUCGACGGGAAGGUGCUGGUAAUAAUAGCUCUCUCCUUGGGAGCUUCAAGGAACUGUGGAAUCUAUAUCAAAACGAGAUACGCUCCCUUUUGCACAAUUAUGUCACCACGGACGCAGACGUUUAUCAAUUUAAUACUUACGCUAGACAAGGCAUGAUGCUUAAUGGUAAUAAGGACACAUCCAGGGAGCAUUUAUUCAAAUUCUCUGAGGCGGAUCCGAAAUCUGUCGAAAUGACAGCUGAAUAUGAGGCCUUGGAUGGGAUAAUACGAGCUGCUGUUCCUGGUCUCACAUCCGCUUCCCAAAAGAAACAGGCUGUGGAUAAGAAAUCAGCAGCUGGAAGAGAGUCGAGGAGGAGUGCAUAUGCUGGAGCUUUCGAUAACAGAAAUUCACCUGGUUCUUACAAGUCGCUGGUAGAACCGAGUGUAUUCAACAUGAGCCUUCUUUUACCGCCAACUCUAAUAUUCCUACAACGCUUGAAAGCCAUCGUCCCUCCAGGUUCGGACUUGGCUGCAAGCACGUUGACAUCCUUCCUUGAUAAUUUCCUGGUUAAUGUUUUCCAGCCACAGUUAGAUGAAACUCUCAGCAAACUGAGCGACACAGUGUUUGGAGAAGUCGAUUCGUUCCAGCAGGACCCAACCUGGGGCCUGGUGGCGCGUCGUCCGGUAUUUAAGGUAACAACGGCAUUUUUUGCUGUUAUUACAGCCUUUUGUCGCAUGCUUGGAACAAUCCCGCAUGACCAGGCGCUUAGCUCCUUAAUUAUCUUCCAAAUGGCGAGAUAUUAUGAAAGAUGUUUCGCGUGGUUCAAAUCACUAGUCGCUAAAGCGCAGGAAGUCGCCACAAUCCCACAGCCGUUGCGAUAUUCUGCGGAAAUCGCUACUGGGAACGGAGAGAUACAGGAGACAGCCAAAAAGCUCUGGGCUUCGGAUAGUCUUGACCACGCGUUGAUAGAAAAAGAAGUUGAACUACUUAUUAAGCACGCCAGUCAGCGAUCCCUUGAACCAAGCGAUAUUAUACAAGACCGCGAUGUUAUCUCGUCCCUAUGCCUUCUAUAUACUAGCAUGAAGUGGCUUUCGGUUAGAAUUGUUGGCCUGCGGCACAUUACCCGAUUCGAUACAGAUUCAUCUCAGCCUACCUUACCAAAGAACCAAAACCGGCGAUGGACUCUCUUGAAUGAUCCUAGUAAGGCUAAUGGCGAGGAUCAGGGUCCUGUAUACCUACCAAUGACACAGGAAACUGUCCAGUCAUUUGAUAGUAUAGUAUCCUCCUAUGAGGACUUCGCUGGUACAGUGCUGCUCACUCUACAUAUGGAAAUCCGAUGUCGUAUUAUUCAAUCCCUUAAGGUAGCACUAUCUCCCGAAACAGCCCCGUAUGUGCUAGGCGAGCAAGAAAUCAAGGAACCUGACCCACCGGUUAUAUCGUUGAAUUCUGAACUCGUCGCGUACGAUGAGACUAUCGUACGCUACCUCCGCGAUAAGGAGACAGCCUUUGUGCGGACAGGCCUGGGCCUGCUUAUCAACACAUACUUAGUAUCUAACGCCCUGGCCACGCAACCGAUGAACUUGCGCGGGUGCGAGCGAAUGCAGUUGAAUAUCCUUGUUCUCCAACAGAACCUUAAGAACAUCGAGGCCGGCGUGGAUCUCUCGCGGGCGGCAAACUACUAUAGCCUAUUCCAGGAUGGCCCGGACCAGAUUGUCGAAAAGGCCAAGCGCAACAAGGACCUCGAAACAAAUGGUGGACCUCCCGUACCGGAAGCAGAGAGGUUCACUUACGAUGAGUUUAAGGCUCUUCUUGAAUUAUGCUACAGCGAGCAGCUUGCCGAUCCAGAAAGGGGUGUUGCUGCGGCUGCCAAGAGGAAAAUGGGCGAGAAAGUAUUAGCUCUGAGCGAGUUCAUGUGGCAGAGUUAAGACGUUUGACAUCUUUUUGCAGCACGACGAGGAGCGGCACGUUGCAAACCGGAGGUUUUUUUUUUUUUUUUUUUUUUCUCUGGAAUUACGAUUUAUAGCAUACUAUGAUAUGCACGGAUUUCUUAUUUUUGCGGCGGGAAUUAUUUACGGUUUGUGUAUAAGAUUACCUGGCCUGAAUUGUCCAAAGGCUUGGCGCAUUAGGUCGGUACCUUCUCCCUGAUGAAGGAUGCAGACAGUUUCGAAGAUAGCAAUAUUACACAAGAACUGUAAACGAAAACUGUAGGCAAGGGAGAGAAGCAAAGCUUGUUUUCUAGCCACGUAAUAAGCCUGGCUUUGUUCAUACCUACCUAAGUAGUAUAUAUAUAUAUAUAACCAACUGUUGAGU